GUCUGAAUCUCUCUCAGCCUACACAGCCUCCCAACUAAACCUCAGGCUCAGUAAUGUUGGAUACGCCGCAACAGUGAGCUCUACCUUCCCCACACGCUCUGCUAUCAGCUGCUUGAGGACACACACACUCGGCAAUCAUGGAGGAGGCCGACUUGCUGAAGGAGAGGCUUCAGGCGAUCACGGACAAAAGAAGAAUCCAGGAGAACAUCACCAUGAAAAGGAGAGAGAUCGAUGAGGAGAAGUUAAAACUACAGUAUAUAAAGAAAAAAGCCCUGAGGGAGCAGUGGCUGAUGGAUGGUCUGAGUCAGCAGUCGGAGGAGGAACAGGCGGCCAUGAGGCUUCAGGCUCAGGACGAGCAGCAGCAGAGCGAUCAGCUGCAGAGCAAUAUCCUCAGAAUAGAGAAGGAACUUGAGGCCUUGGAAACACAGGAGCUCAACAUCUCUGCAAAUGAGGAAGUCGUUUUGAAGCGGCUAAAGGAGGUGGAGAGGACGACUGAGGACAUAAUAAAGAAAGCUACCUUGGUGGAAAGCGAGGCAGAUGGAAAAGAACUGAAAGAAGAUUGCAGCACAACUGAGAAUCACAAGUCCUUCUCCAUCACCAUGGAAACCACUGAACAAUCAGAGCAAGCAAUGGACUGUGAAGCGGAGGUCGCUGUGGCUGAUUCACCUGAGCAGGGGAAGGAUUUUAGUGCAAAUGAUUACCAAGUUUGUUUAGAGACAGACUCCUCAAACGACCCAGGUGAAAAGGCGAUGCUUGACACAUUAUUGAGUGACCCUCCAAGUGAAACAAGUAAGAUGGCUACGCCUGACUGCUCUGAGACGAGUGUUUGCAAUGAAAUGCUUGAUCAAGAUCAAAAGGAAGCCCUGAUAUUGGAACCAGGGCAUGAGGAGCUCAACAGAAAUGAGUCAAUCGCCUCAUCUGUGUCUGACACACUCUCCAGUGCUGACAGUGUAUAUGAGAAUGAGGCACAUCGUAAGAGAAAGGACACACCAGAACAAGAUCCUGAACAAGAACAAGACCAGGAGUCGUAUCCUGAGCCAGAGAAGUCUCCUGAACCAGAGCAAUAUGACGACCUAGAACAACACACUGAACCAGAGCAAUAUGAUGAGCCAGGGCAAAACCUUGAACCAGAGCAAUACCCUGAGCCAGAGGAAGACCUUGAGUUAGGGCUCUACCCAGAGCCUGAAAAAGACCUUGAACCUGACCUUUACCAUGUGUCAGACCAAUACCCUGAUCUGGAGUUAUACCCUGGGCCUGACCCUGAGGAUAAUGAGCUUAAUCCAGAAGAUGAUGACUAUCAAAAUCUGGCAAUAGACACAGAGGAAGACCCUGGGGCCCUUGACAUCCCAUUUGAACCAACCAUUACAGAGGAAUCAAUAUUAGAGCAGUGCAUUAGAGAAGAGGCCAUGUCUGAUGUGUCCAAUGAGUCCUGCCAUGCCCUUGACCCUGAAGAAACAGAUGAAUGCCUACGAGUUGAGAUGGCAGCGUCUUUCUCAGAUGGUGAGGCUGAUGAUAAAUGGAGAACAAUAUUCUCCUCUUCUAUAAACAGAGAGGAUGAUGACUCCUAUUUAGACUCUCUGGAGCUUAGUGCUCAGGAGCUAUUUGUCCAGAAAGUGGAGGUGACAGACUUCGAAGAGCAAGACAAUCCAAACUUUGAAGAGGUCAGCUUUGAGGUUCCUCAAGUAGAAGAAGUUCUUGAACAACCUGAGGAUGUCAUUUCCUUUCCCACCCCUGCACAAGAGGUUAAAUAUAACCCUUUGGGCAUUCAGAGUUUGUCCAAAAUCUCUGAGGAUGACGGCGAAAAUGGCAAAGAUACAAAUCAGAACGCCACCAACCACCAACAGCACAUCAAUUCAGACCUAGAAAAGAAGCAACCUAAAGAUUUCUGCGUGAUACAGGAGACCAAGAGCGAGAAUGUUAGCACAGAACAUGUGGAUUUCCAGCUGGCUCGUAAACAGUGGCGGGAAAUGGAGGAGCAAACCAGAAACAAGAUUGUCUUACCUACAACCAAACAGUCCAGCUUCCAUGGCAGCCAUAGCUUCAUGUACACACCUGUCCGCAAUAUUGAAAGAACACAGAAGAAAGCACAUGAUCUGGAAAACUUAAAUCUGAUGGGGGAUUAUCCUCACACUCAAUUUAGCCCUUGCUCAGAGGAUUCUGGUCUAGAUGAUUCCAGUUACAGGUCCCCUUACGAUGAUCCAGAAACAUCAGUUGAAAGGGAGAUUCGCAUAUCAAUGGAGCGGGAGGAACACUACAGGAGAGAGAGGGGCUUUUCCAGGAUGGGAAAAUCGACGGAUUGCACUCCAUCACGAGGUAUCCCCAGAUCCAUGAGCACUCCACUCACGCCAUCAUUCAUCAUCACUUCCUCACCAACUAAGGAACCACUGAAACAUGAUGUGUCAGCAAACAAUGUAAUAAUUCUGGACCCUGGCAAUGAUUUAAGCGCCAGCGCCAAGGACAACAUGGCAGUUCGGACUGGUGAAUGGCGCUCUGAGGACAACGGCUCCAGCGUCAUCAUACUGGAGACAUCCAACCUGAUUAUUCGCAGUGCCUCGGAUUUCUCCCUCAACAAAGCCUUUGAACAGCCCCAGGAAAAAAUGUUCCUAAACAAUCCCUUUUUCAAGCUGCGCUCAAGAAGCACCUUAUCACUGGUGGAUGAAGAGAUUAAGAUGGUCAAGGAGAGGGAAGAAGAGCUCAGGAAAGAGAGGGCUAAUCUGUAUGGCAAAGACAAGUGCAAUGCAGAAAGGGUGCUGUCAGAUCAGAAGGACACUUUGACAUUUGAAAGUUCAGUUGAUGUGCCAUUGAAGUGCAAGUCUUCUCCAUCAUCACCAAUGAGAACGGCCUACAGGAUGGAUCGUUCGGCUUUAUCUUGUGAUCACAGGUUUCCAGACGUCUACACCGGAGGAAGACGCAAGAGUGCCAUGGCUCUGCGCUGGGAGGCGGGCGAGUUUACCAAAAACAACUGAAGAGGAACUUAACAGUUUGCCAUGUACUGUAAAGGCAUUGAUUUUCAGUGUUAUACUCAUUCAAGUUAGAUGCAGCAUUUUAAUUGUUUGUUUCAUGUUGUGAAAUAGCCUAAACUCUUCGCUUCUGUGACGCUUUGGGCAAUACUAGCAAGAUAUUGAGAAUGUGUCUGGGAACAUUAGUUUGGAUUAAGUCCGAGGAAAACUCACAAACAGAAUAAUUAAUUAAAUCCACAAUGAAAUAGACAAGAGUAAUUCUUGUUUAUUGCCAAAGGAUGUGCUGUGUUUACACACCUACAAGGCUCUGACUAGUCCUCAUCACUUCUGAGUAAUCACUCAUAGCAGGAAGGCUGUUGGUGUCAGCUCCUACUAAAACUCAGCUUCUUUGGGUAAUGUGCGUUUUUUUUCUCAGCGAUUGACAAAGUCAGUGCAAAUAAAUACUUAUUCAAACCACAUAAUGAAUAACAACACUACAAUUUAAAACCAGGGCAAGGGGCAACUAUAUUAAAAGAGCGAGACCUUUUUUCUCUCUACCAAACCGUUGACGUUGGUCAACGGUUUGUGUCAUGCAAUAAUUUUCAUCCAGCAAGUGUCUUCUGAAGAACGUGCUCAAAGAAUUACCCCAGAAGCACAAAAUCUCAACAAAAAAAACUGCCAUUUGUAGAAAACUAAAUUUUAGUAUUAUUAUUAGCCUCUAAAUUCUUGUUUUGCUUUCUUUUCAAUGGAAGUAGUGAAGUACAAGGCCUUAUCUUAACAUUUUCAUACAGUACUCAAAUGUCAUACGUCGACUGAAAAGUUAAAGGUUGCUGUAAGCAGAAAGUUCAGUAAGACACAAUUGAUCAUCGCAUGCAGGUUAAUCUGUAUUGUUGUAUCUGUCUAAUUCUAAUGGUGUUUCCCAUGUAGCCUAAUGGUCUUAAAGGGGGUUUUAAGGUAAUCUGUAAGGUUAUGGUUUGAUACUACAAAGAUGACUUACAAAGAUGAUCUGCUAGCUGUGAUGUUGAAACUCACAGAUGGACCAGUAUAUACAUCUUAGUUUAUUAGCUUUGUGCUAACACAUAAUGGAAUUUCACAUCAAAACUGUUUAACAGAAUUAGCAUUGCGAUCUCAAUUCUAAUUUAGGAACCUUUCUACAUUUGUUAACAUGGCUUUCUCGACAAACAUUUCCUAAACUCUGUGGAAACAAAAUCAAAUCUGCUAACUUGUCAUGCUAGUUUGUUCUGCUCUAAUCCAUUGUAAACAGUCUCUGCUCUGAUCCUAUUACACUGCAUACCUCGCUCUUUAUGUCUCAAUUCAUGGGACUAUCCCUCUGCUGCCUCCUUUUGGGUGGUGGUAGUUAAUUCAUGGGUGCAAUUUCUCAGCAGCCCAAGAACGCAUGUGCAACUUUUAACAAAAGGCCGAAUUAUGUGACCAAUUAUUAACUUUAGACACAUAGAACGUUUUUAAUCUACAUUUUUAUUGCAUAUUAUACAUUUUAAUCACCACACAAUAUUUACCUUGCUGUUUUAAAAUGUUUAUAUGUAUUUCGAACACGUUUUUUUUUUAAAUUCUUACUCAGUAAAGGUCUGUCACUCUCCUUGGAGGGAGUGCAGGGGUGGUGCCCCCUCAGCCGUCUCUGGUUGUGAUUCAGAGAGGAAACGCUGAUAGUAGUUAAAUAUCAUCAUAUGUACCAUACAAUAUAAGCUUCGGCUGGGCAUUCAAGUACUUUUUUUUCUAUGGGAGGAUUUUGGUUUUAAUAUAUUUUGUGUCAUGCUGUAAAGAGAUUUCUGAAGUUUUAUGGGCAAGAAGAAUGAUAUAAGCAACCAAUAACUUUUUGACACAUAUAUGACAUGUGACUAUGGAAUUUAAAAAAAAAAAUGAACCUGUUCUGUAUGUUGAAGAAAAUAAUUUCCUGACAGUUACCUAGAAGUAUUUGCAAUACUGAAUAUAUGCUGAGAUGCCUCAUUGUUAGAUACAUGUAUUGUUGAGUCAACUCUUUGCUAAACUUUUCUCGACGUGAUAAAUGUAAAUCAAAUUUCAAAACAUAUUUUGAUGUUAUUGUAUGUCUUGAUAAAUCAAAUGAAACAUUGCUCAAUGUAUAUUUAAUGUAUUUUCAUACAAUGCUUUGUCGCUUUAAACUAUAUUCCAGGUUGAGCUGGAUGAAGGAAAAUCUGCACAAUUAACAAAAUGUUUUAUAUCCAUAACUUUCACUUGCAAAAUAUAGAUCACACAGACGUCUCACACAGUAAAUGCCAGAUUUCAAUGACAAUAAGUAUAAGAUGUCCAUCCACUGGCUGAAACUUCAGUAUGAAGAACUAUUUGAGUUGUCUACUCCAUCUAACUCCACAUAUAGGCGAGACAAUCCAGAAACCUACUGGUACUGGUGAACAGUGCUAUCAAAGUGCUCAAAACUACACUGCAAUAAUCUAAUAUCAGUGUUAUGGAAAUCCCAAAAAUUCAAAUAGAUUUCACAAAUUAGAGUAUUUUUAUACAAUAGAACCAUAAAGAAUUGAUAACUAAUGCAGAGUAUAAGCGCACUCACAUCAACGUUUUAUUAAUGUACAAUAAAAUCCUGGAUUUGUUUUCAAAUACCUUAUAUACCAGUACCUGAUUUUACCGUCAUGUACUUCUUUUUUUUAUGCAUCGAGGCAUUUUUGCCAGUAUUUAUUUCAAAGCACUUUUCUUUGUAUUUUUUCCACGAGUUUCAUGACCACAAAAAAAAGACAUUUCCAAAAGGCUCAUUUCCAAAAAAGUCUUUGAGUGUUUACAUCUACUGAUUUUUAAAAUGGAACUAAUGUUAAUCAACUCAUGACUCUGAAAAGCAGCUUGUGUUGUAAGAGCUUGAUACAUUCUUAAGUCGCGGUCAGCUGACCUUAAACAGCGUUCUUAAACUCGUCAUGUUUGUAUGCUUUAUUGUUAAGGUUUUGCUUACAAAUCUCAAGGACUGCUUGCUAAUGUUCAGACAUUCUGUCAAAACCCCCCGUCAUGUCUUUUGGGGGGCUUACUGGGCUUUUUACUUUUUAUUCCUAAUGCAAGUAUUGAACAGAUAAGUGCGUGCAACAAUAAACUAUGUAUAUGAA